AGUUAACAAUUGGCAUGUUCAUAAAGCGUGUUGCCCAAAUAAACCCACAAUUAAAAUCCAAAUCAUCCAACGUUCUAAAACUACGUCGUCGCCGUCCCCAUGACUUCGCGAGAAGAAAAAUCUUACGUGUAACGCCACGACAUCAUUUGUCGCCAUGCCCCUAAUAUUAUUGGAGGGAUUAAUUCUUCCCAGUGGCGACACCAUGUCGCCCCACAAAAUUUACAAUUUUUAAUUCCCCACCCCCCUCAUGAUGUCCUUCUCCUCUUCAAAAAUUCUGAAAGUUUCUACCAAAAUGCAUCCUCGUACCGGCCCUCCCCUCGCAAAAAGUACAGAUAAAGAUACUCGUGUGCUUGUCUUUUGACGACGUGACGUCACUUUUGGCCCCUCUGGUGGUGGACGAUGGUGGUGGUGGUUCUGAAGGUAGGUGGGAUAUUGCAUCAGCCUUCAUAAAAUCAGCCUUAUUCACUCUCUCAAAGCACAACAGAAUACACACAAAACAGAAAAUAUUCCUCAAAUUGUUUGAAAUUUCCUAAAAAACUUCGAAUCUAACACAAUUAUUUUGUCAAAAACCUAUAAAAUGUUGAAAGUGUUUUCACUAACGUGGAUAAAUCGAUAAAAAGAAUCGGUCUCUGAAGGAGAAGAAAGUGAAAAGCAGUAAAAUUAAUCAAGUUUUAACGUGUCGAAUUAUGCAUCUGCUGAUUUCUCAUCUUUUCAUAGGAUCAGUAUUAGAGAACAAUAACAAUAAUAAUUAUAAUGUCCCAAGUUGUCCCUUGUAUGCCCCCACCCAGUUUUUUUAUGAGAGAAAAGAACGACAAAUAUUUCCUAAAAUGGUGGGAUCUCAAGUUAUCAAAGGAGGUGAUUAUCAUCACGAUAUAUGUUACAGCAGUGGUAGGAGCAGCACUUUGUUAGAAUUAGAAGAAGAAGAAUCUACGUCGCCUGCCCCCUCUCCGAUAAUGAUGGCGACAGACUGUGAUGUUCACCAGCGGCUAUUCGCCGCCGUUAGUAAUAAGGAGGACCUUUGUGAUGGUGUAGUAGUAGGAGAUAACCCUGUUAAAGAGGAAAGCGUCGUCGUCGCUAAUAAUAGUUCACCUUCUUUGUGUAAAUAUAAAUCUCGUAAACGAACAAUGUCCUCUUCUUCCAAGACGUCACUUUCCGACGGGGAAGAUGACGACGUGGUCUCCAACCCUGGACCGGACUCGGACUGGGAGGAUAUCGAAGAAGAUAGUGAUGAUGAUAGUACAACUGAAGACGAGGAAGACGCCGUGGAUGGGUGUUGUCGACCUGGCGCAAUGGCGGAUGAUGACGACGAGGACGAUGAUUGUAUCAUGUUUCGUGACGAUGCUGAGCCGUUUUCCUUUACCUGUCUCCAAUCUACGACAACUUGUACGACGUUGUCGCCAAAACAGCCUUCUAGUCUGACAAAAUUGAAGGGGUUGAAAAUCAGAGCGUUUGGGAUUGGAUUUCUCUGUAAUGGAGUCGGUGGAGUUGGUGGAGGACACUGCUGGAUGACAACGAAAUUGGCCGAGGGGUGCAACAAGCUAAGCAACAAUAAAAAACCUACUUCCGUACCUGAAACUCUUCUCGAAGAAGAAAACAUUGACCACGACGCCGUUUUUUCAGAAAGGAUGCGGAAGGUUCAGUUCAAAGAUGAGGCAGACUUGGUACAAAUCAUAGAAUUUGAAGAUGACCCCCAAGCCCGAGAGGAUCGUUCCUACUGGAAGUUCUUCUUCAUAAAUCAGGCCCGUUUUAAGGAUAGAAUUUGCCAAACGGAAGAAGCUCUCGGAAAUAUUUUUAGUCUGGCACACCGAGACAAGGUUUACACGGAGCGGAUCCUACCAUUUCAACAAAACCAUGAAAUAGGAGGAGAAAUUCAAAAUAGGUCGGGUGGAGAACUAAUUAAAUUAUCUCGACAUUCCUGUAUAGAAGAUUCAACGACUAAAUGAAUUGUAAUUAAAUUAGCGCGAUAAUUAAUUAUACAAGUCGAUUGAAUGCUAAGCACAAUUCCCUUUUGUUUGUAUGAUAAUAAUAAUAGCGCGUAAUAAAUAUUUUAUAUUAAUUUUAUAAU